AAACAUUUCGAACUCGCUCUCUAUUCCAUUGUUCAUGUUGGAGACGGUCUCUGAAACUUGUUCAGUACUGUCUGACUGCUCGAGAUUCCCAGAAUGAAGGGGAUGAAAUCAGCUCGAAAGGCCGUGGAGAAAGUCAUUCAUACGACACCUCUCAAGACUUACGUUCCAGCCGGCAUGGCUAUUCCUGGUCCUCCAUUAGGACCUCAACUCGGUCAAAGAGGCGUGAAUAUCGCCGCGUUCUGCAAAGACUUCAAUGAGAGGACAAAAGAUAUCAAGAAAGGCAUACCGAUCCCGUGCAAAAUUUCCCUCAACGCUGAUCGAUCGUACACGCUCGAAACCAUCAAUCCGCCGAUACAAUAUUUCGUCAUGCAAGCUGCGGGAUUGCAGAGAGGUGCCCAGUUUCAUGGAAGAGAGGUUGCUGGAAUGAUCUCCUUGAAACACGUUUACGAGAUAGCGAAGAUCAAGUCUGAGGACUCCAUCUAUGAUUGUGUUCCUCUGAAGGAUAUUUGUCAGGAAGUCAUGAGGGUAGCGUUCACUUGCGGAAUAGAGGUCGUUCCGAAACUGACUGCUGAAGAAAUCGAGGCAAAACAGGAAGAAAGGAAGGAUGUUGUUGCGAAUCAACUCGCGGCGAUCGAAGAGAAACGACAAGCCAAGUUACUCCGGAUUUCUGCGUAG